AUGUCCUUGCAAACUCGUGCGAAUAAUCUUUUGGGAAACUUAAAUGUUCAUCCCCCGCCCACCCUUGAAGAUGUAGUGAAUUCCAAAAACUUCAGAAGGUUUCCACGAAGACGUAUUUAUACGGGAUAUAAAUUGCUUAGAUUCGUUGUUGCCCGUCAGAGUAAUUCACUUGGUGAAAGAGACCCUUUGGUCAUAAGUAAACUUUCCGACUUUUUAUGGGCGAAUAGCACUUCAAACGAAAAGGCUCGAUAUAUUGAUUUAGCUAACAGGGCAAAGCUUUAUCAUAAAAAUCUUUUUUCAUUACAAAAAUUUUGA